AUGGCAGGUAGUUAUAAGAUAUGGGUACUUCAUGGGGAAGAAGAUAAUCCUACACAAAACCAAUCAGCAUCUAGCCAUGACUAUGUCUUUAAUGAUGGUACAACCCAUUCUGGAAAUAAUACAGGUGUACUUGAUAUGUUACAUGAUGCUGAUAAUGCUGGGCCUUUUGAUAGUCAAGCAGAUACAGGUAGGCACGGAGAAACUAAUGAUGAUUCGGGUGAAGCUGAUAGUACAAAUAAUUUGGGUGAAGCUAGUACAAAGUUUGAGGAGAUAUUAGGAAAAGCUAAGCAAGAACUAUACCCUGGUUGUACAGAUUACUCGUCAUUAACUUUCCUUGUAGAGUUAAUGCAUCUCAAAGUGCUCAACUGUUGGAGCAACAAAAGUUUUGAGAUGCAGCUUGAGUUGCUUAAGAAAUCUUUUCCAAAAGAUAAUACAAUUCCGAGUUCAUACUAUGAAGCUAAAAAGAUAUUGCGUGAUCUUGGAUUGGGAUAUGAAUCGAUUGAUGCAUGUAAAAAUGACUGUGCUUUAUAUUGGAAGGAACAUAAGGAUAGGGAUGAUUGUCCAGUAUGCCACGAGCCUAGGUACAAAUUCAAUGACGGAAAGGGUAAGAAGAUCCCACACAAGGUACUGCGCUAUUUUCCUUUAAAACCAAGACUGCAGAGAUUAUUUGCUUCAAGGCAUACAGCUGAUGAUAUGAGAUGGCACAAAGAACAUGUUGCUCCUGAAGGGGUUUUAAGGCAUCCUGCUGAUGCUGAAGCAUGGAAGCAUUUUGAUUUGCGGUAUCCACAAUUUGCAGAAGAUCCUCGCAAUUUAAGGUUAGGUCUUGCUACUGAUGGGUUUAAUCCCUUUGGAAAUAUGAAUAAUGCGUACAGCAUGUGGCCAGUUAUAGUGAUGCCCUACAAUUUACCCCCUUGGAAGUGUAUGAAACAACCUUUUUUCAUGAUGGCGUUACUUAUUCCUGGAAAGAAAGCACCUGGUAACGAUAUCGAUGUGUAUCUACGACCCUUAAUAGAUGAGCUAAAAGAGUUGUGGGAAAAAGGAGUGGAAACAUAUGAUGCCUCCACAGAAAAAACUUUUCGUAUGCACGCAGCUGUAUUGUGGACCAUAAAUGACUUCCCAGCAUAUGGUAAUUUAUCAGGAUGGAGUACAAAAGGUUACUUAGCAUGUCCAGGAGUUAAAAGUUGUUUCGGAAAGCAUCCAGAUAAGAGAAGCAAGAAAAGAAGUCGUACCAAGAAAGAGCUGAGUUGGAAAAAAAAGAGUAUUUUCUAUGAGCUUCCAUACUGGUCACAUCUUAAAAUCAGGCAUAAAAUUGAUGUUAUGCAUGUUGAGAAAAAUAUAUGCGAUAAUAUCGUGGGAACCUUGUUAAAUCAGGAAUUGAAGACCAAAGAUACGUUUAAAGCUCGCUUGGAUCUGGAAGACAUGAAUAUUAGACCAGAAUUGCACCUAAAGCGUAAAGGAGAAAAAUUUAUAAAGCCUCCAGCUUCCUAUGCUUUAACAACGGAGCAAAGGAAAGAGUUUUGUAGGUUUCUGAAAUCAGUGAAGUUCCCAGAUGGAUACGCAGCUAACAUAGCGAGGAGUGCUAAUGUGGAUGAUGGGAAGAUAUCAGGUUUGAAAAGCCAUGACUGUCACGUGUUUUUACAAAAAAUUCUCCCGGUUGGAAUUCGUUCGUUUCUACCCACGGAUGUAUGCACUGCCUUAAUUGAGUUGAGUAGUUUCUUUCAUGAUUUAUGUGCGAAGAAACUGAAUGUGAGUCACUUGGAAGAAAUGGAAAAAGGUAUAGUUUUGAUUCUUUGUAAGUUGGAAAGAAUAUUUCCACCGGCAUUUUUUGAUGUCAUGGUUCAUUUGGCUAUUCACUUACCCCGAGAAGCUAAACUUGUUGGUCCAGUUGGUUAUAGUUGGAUGUAUCCUAUCGAAAGGUACCUUGGAACACUUAAGCGUUACGUGAAGAAUAAAGCACGACCAGAGGAACGAAAUGAUGAUAAUUCAGAUGAUAGUCAACGACGCAAGGGAAAGCUGUCUGUUUUCGCUCAGGAUGUCCGUCCCUUCGGUACAAAAGCUAUAAAAUCACUGACUCUAGAAGAACGAGAACAUAUACAUUGUGAACAUUUGAAUGUGCUGAAAGCAGAAUCAAAUGACAACUUGUUACAGAGGCAUCAAAAACUAUUUCCUGUGUGGUUUCGAAAUCGGAUCGGAAAAUUGUAUCAUGAAAAUUUUUCAGGGGUUAGUGAUGAAUUGCAUUCGUUAGCACAGGGUGUUGAAUCUCGCGCAAAAUCAUUUUCUGCUUGUAUCUAUAAUGGAGUUCGAUUCCAUACCAAACAACGCGAACUUCGUCGAACGACCCAGAAUAGCGGAUUGGUAGUAGAUGGGGAACACAAUAGUAAGCCAAUUGAAUUCUUCGGUAGCUUGCAAGAUGUUAUUGAGUUAGACUUUUUGUAUGGAUACCGAGUUGUGUUAUUUAAAUGUGAUUGGUUUGACGUAACUCCUGGAAAUACAAGAAUUCGAAAGGAUUAUAGUUUGACAUGUAUAAAUACUAAUAGAAUAUGGUACAAGAGUGAUCCUUUCGUUCUUGCAUCACAAUCGCAACAAGUGUUCUACCUAGAUGACUAUAAGCAUGGAGCAAAUUGGAAAGUGGUUCAUAAAAUGCAUCAUAGACACAUAUGGGAUGUUCCUGAAAUGGAUAUCAAUGAAGUACAACCAGAAACAGAAACAACUAUCGACGAGGCAUAUCACCAUAACAAGGAGGCUCCAUUGCUAUUAUCCGCUGUUCAGGAAGAUGAUAAUGAGGCAACUGUACUUUAUAGAGAUGCUGAUGUUGAACUCGAAAUCAUAGAUGCAGAUCUUGUUCUAGCUGAGGAUGUCAUAGAUGAUGAUGAGGAUGAAGAGGAAGAAGACGAAACAUUGUUUAACUACAACAAUGAUGUGGCAAAGCCUGAGGAUAUUGUGCCAGAAGAAGAUGACUCGGAUCUAGAAUAUUAUUUCGUUACUGUCAUUUUACUUAAAACUUAA